AGGAAGAGGGCGUGGCUAAACCCGCGGGAGUGGGAGAGGCCACGUGGGGCGGGGCAGGCUGGUGGCAGGGGGGCCGUUCGGCGCUGCUGCAGGAUGGCCACUGAAGCAGGAGACGGACAGCAGCAGCGAGAGCACUGUCGGACCCAGCAGAAAUCCUGCUUCAUCCUAGGUGCCUCAGGGGAGACUGGCCGAGUACUUCUGAGGGAGCUGUUGGCACAGCAGCUCUUUGCCAGGGUCACGCUGAUUGGACGCAGGAAGCUGAGCCCGGAGGAGGAAGAACUCUGCAUACAUGUGAACCAAGAGGUGGUCGACUUUGAGAAGUUGGACGAAUAUGCCUCAGCAUUUCAAGGCCACGAUGUUGGGUUCUGCUGCUUGGGAACCACCAAAGCCAAGGCUGGAGCGGAUGGUUUUGUCCGUGUGGACCGGGACUAUGUCAUUCAGGCCGCGCAACUGGCAUACACUGGUGGCUGCAAACACUUCCUCCUGCAAUCCUCCCAGGGUGCUGACAAGGGCAGCAGCUUACUCUAUCUCAGAGUGAAGGGUGAAGUGGAAGCCAAGGUCCAAGAAAUAGGUUUUGAUCACUUCACUGUCCUCCGGCCAGGGGUGCUGCUUUGUGCACGCCGGGAGUCCCGUCCUACUGAGUGGAUAGCCCAGAAGGUGCUGGGUGCUAUGGCACGCAUGUUCCCAACUGCUUAUUCUGUUCCUGUGGCAACAGUGGCCAGGGCGAUGGUAGCCAGUGUGCUGAUGCCAGAUGGUGGUGGGACAGUGCAGGUUCUGGAAAACAAGGCCAUCCAUGCCUUAGGGGUGCCAGUGGCAGAGCCAGGCAAAGGCAGCACAAAGCAGGGACAGGAUUCUGCUUAAUCCCACCAGGUUUUCCCUGUCUGGGCCAAGGCCAAGGGUGGGCUGAUACACUGAUGCUGUGGUACCACUACUGCUGAGAUGAACUUCAUGUGUAGAAACUUUUUCCCCCCAAGUGCUCUGAUUUCCACAUACUGGCUUGGAUUGUUUUGAGAGUUGGCAGGGCCCCAUACUAGCCUGAGGCAGGGGUAGUGGUAAAAACCUGGAGCCAUAUAUCUGAGAAGGUUCUGAAUUACAGUCCCCAGGUAAACUAGUGUGUUUCCAAUUAAGGGACUUUUUAAAUACCCCUUUUUUGUUGGGGAGUAAAAUAAGCCAAAUCUGUUGCUCUGAUCUGCUCCAAAUAAGUCUGAUCUGAGAUUGCAUCUUGGACAAAUUGGCUGAGGUUCUAGUUAGCUCUGCAAUGUGGCUUAAGUAGGCAGGGCAUUAGAAACAAUGAUUUGUGCACGUCACAAGGCUGGUGUUGCAGAUUCUAUAAGAACACAUAGAGGUUCCCACUAAAGCAGUCACUGGGGAACUGAGGGCUGUGUGCUGUAGCUAAUGGCAACUGAGCAGUACCCAGGACUUGUAAAUUCAAUCUGCCCUCAGCAGAUCUCAGAGAGUCUCUUUAUGAUUGUGGACAGACAAAAGUGAACACACAAUGCACUCUAUUUAUAUGCAUCUUGGAUAGGAAUUGGCUUAACUGCCUAACAUGGUGCUGGUCCCAACUUCUUGCUUAUUGUUUACAUUGUACAUGCUCAGGUUAUUUGCAUUUUUGGUUAAAGGCAUAAAUUGCUCCAUGGUCAGCCCCAUGGCCUACUCUGUAAUUUAACCAUACUCUGUUUACUUGCAUGCUAAUUGUACCUGUCUGCUUUCUAACUAAUGAUACUCUAUUUAACCGAAGCAGAAACAGUAAAGGGAAACAGCUAUUGUAGGGCUGCUAUUAGAAGCCUGGCAAGGAACAGAGCAGGUCAGUGUCAUGGCUGCUCUCUCCCCUUAUUUUUCAAGGUUUCUAGUAGUUAGUUUCAGGACUGCCAUUAAUAGCCAUGUAAAUGAAGGGAGGUAGUCAGUUUUUGGGGACUGCUAAUACCACAGCUGACAGCAGCAGGUACUUAAUGACCACUGUUUACAGGGCUUCAGUGCUGUGGCAUUAGCACCCCAAGAACUGACUAUCUGCCCUCCAUUUUCAGGGCUUCUUGUAGGCAAAUCCAGGGCUGCAUUCAGGCUACACAAGAGUGAUAGAGGAGGUAAUCUGUAACCAAGGGAAGGCAGCAUAAUGAAUGCCAAUCAAUUUAGCUUUAUGGAAAACAGGUUAUAUUAAGCUGAGUACAGUUUGUGAUGAUGAGAUCACAGAUUGGCCCAUCAUUUUCCAUUGUCUAGUAUAACAUUGUGAUUGUAAAACCAUUACCAGUGGAAAGUGUCAUUACAACCUGUGUUACAUGGAUUAAAAACUGGUUAACUUAUACAUCU